CCCCGCCCCGCAUGCGCGGCCUGCGCCCCGGCUUCGUCACGUACGACGCCGCGGGCGCCGAGGUCGCCGCGCCCCACGGCGAGGGCCCGGCAAAGCGCCAGCCCGAGACUAAGACCCUCCGCCCCCCCGCCGGCGCGAACGUCGCCCUCUUCGAGGAGUUCUUCGCUGGGCUCGCCGCCAUGGGCCAGAAGUGGAACUCGAGCGACAAGUUGAUCCUCUCCGUCAUCUGCACCGACCCGGCGUACCACGGGCGCGGGAUCGCGGCGGCGAUGAUCCGCAGCGUGCUGGCGGUCGCGGACGCCGAGGGAGUCCCCGCGUACCUCGAGGCGCUGCCGCUCGCCGCGCCGCUGUACCGCCGCCUCGGCUUCGCCGACGUCGACCGCCUCGAGUGCGACCUGGCCAAGGCCGGCCGCCAGGGCAAGGCCGUGCUGACCGUCAUGGUGAGGGAGCCGGGGGCCGGGGACGUGUGACGGGAGCGGUGCUGCGCGCGCGCG